AAUUUAUUUUUAAAUGCAUUGAAAGCAUUGCCAAAUGUUAAACCGGCCGGUAUUGUUAAGUAUUGUGCUUUGCUCAUGCCAAUGGAUCGGUUUAGCCAGACGGUCGUCUCACGAUACAAAACAUAGCGACGAAGGUGAUUUGGGUGUAGGCUUGACUUUAAAGGAUGACGCUUACUUGGAUUUAUCAGUCGAUGAAGAAUACGAAGACCUGCGAGCAGAGCUUCUUGCAUACCAGGCCGCAUUAGCUUCGGCUGUCUCUAGAAGAUCGCUGAUGACCACUCCCUGCUGGCAAUCUGGAGGCAUUUGUGUCAACUCUAAGCUGUGCAAGGGAGCAAAAUAUAUAACUCAAGCUGCCGGCUGCAGAGACAAAAAUAACGUUUGCUGUUACACAUGGAACCGGUAUUUUGUCAAGGAUUUCAGAGAUAAAGGCAUAGCUAAUAUAGCGCUGCCCUGGAUAACCAUGCAGCGGGAGUUUGGCGGGAAGGGAAUCCAGGGACCGAAACAUACCCUUAGGAAAGGCAGAAAGAAAAAGCACAAGAAAAAGAUGGCAGUAAGAUCGCAUAUUUUACGAAAUUCUGACUAUAAACUCGGUGACUUUGAAUAACUAGGACUGCGAGUAUAUUAGUUCAAAAUCAUAAAACAUUACAGGAACUGAGUAAUAAUAAUGGAUUACUACUUUUGUAAAGUCUAAGAUUGUUCCGUAAAAUUUCUUCA